AUGCGAAAGUGCAAGGUGUUUGUGGGUCUGUCGCACCCAGAGCUAGGAGCCAAAAUUUGCGAAAAGUUGGAUAUCCAGGCCAGUCCAUGCAGUUUAAACAAGUUUUCCAAUGGCGAGACGUCAGUGCAAAUCAACUGUUCUGUGAGAGACAACGACGUCUACAUUAUCCAGUCGUCGUCAGACACGAUCAAUGACCAUAUCAUGGAGUUGUUGGUGCUUAUCAGUGCGUGCAAAGGUGGAUCUGCUUCAAAGAUCACAGUGGUGGUGCCUAAUUUUCCUUACUCGACGCAAUCGAAUUUGUACUACCACAGCAAUAAAGAUAGUGCUAGAAUGUUGGCCAAUUUAAUUGUGAUGGCUGGAGCUGACCAUGUUGUGUCUAUGGAUUUGCAUGCUGGGCAAAUCCAGGGAUUUUUCAAUAAACCUGUUGAUAAUCUCUAUGCCCUACCGUUUUUGGUCAGAUGGAUCAAGACCAAUGUUAAAAAGUAUGAAAAGUCAGUGAUUAUUUCGAAAAAUGCCAAUGGAACCAAAAGAGUUACUGAGAUGGCGGAUAGUUUAAAUGUUAAUUUUGCAAUGAUUCAAAUAUUGGAAAAAAAGCGAAAUGUUUACAAUAAUUUGAACUUGUUAAUCGAAGAUACAGUCAAUUCAAACAAAGAAAAUUCGGCGUCUGAAAAAACCAGAUUUAUGACCAGCUCCCGAAUUGUGCAAGGACAUGUUCUCAGCCAGAAAGACAACCUUGAAUUGGAGAACCAAAGACCAGCAGAGCUCGAGAACACCAACCCCAGCAAGCUAGAUCGUACAAUGGCCGAGUUCUUCGAAAACUACAACCAAAACAGCAUGAGCAAGUACGUGAAAAAGGAGACUGUGAUCACUCUUGUUGGAAACGUAAAAAAUCGGCCUGCAAUCAUCUUGGACGACAUGGUCACCAAGCCAGAGAUGUACAUCUCGAUCAGUGAGCACUUGAGGAUGAAUUGUGGUGCUGAGUGUGUGUACUUGGUGGCCACACAUGGAGUGUUCUUGGACAGCUGCCUCGAGGCCCUCUUCCACUGCCAGUACCUCGACAAGAUUGUGGUGACCAACACCUGCCCCUUGCUGAAGAACGACUUGUUCAGAUACAGAGACAAGCUCGUGGUGAUCGACGUGAGCUCCAUCUUCGCUGAGUACAUUCGCCGGGCCCACUUUGGCGAGAGCAUCUCGACUCUCUUCGACAACUUGUUCCACCUCUAG